ACCAUCCUGACACGCAACGCAUCCUGUUCUCUGUGUUCUUCAAAAUACGGCGCUGUGCAUUCAAGAAAUAGAAAUUAUGCUGCAUAUUUUGUGCCAGUAGUUUCUUGCGCACUAGCAAGGGCAGAAAUGAGGCCUAGAAGCGUUUCACUGCUGCAGCUUAAUGCCUUUCUGCUGUUAGCAGGCGCGAGCUAACGGGCUACAUGGAGCAUGUUAGCUGCAGUGUGCUAAUUGUGCUGAAGAAAUAUUUUUUAUUUUAAUCGGGGGUUUAUGAGAAUUUAUCAAUAGCGUUUAAAAAGUCUAAGUUGAUUUCUAAAGUUGCUUUUUCCAUUUUGGUCAGCUAUAUUGAAGCUAGAUGAGUCUUGAGUAACCAAGCGUAAUCCCGCCAGCAAUUUUACAUUUACGUUAACUGUUACUGUUCAAAUCAUGAAUGCUCCUUUCAGUCCACCUACAAAAAGUGUCAUGAAAAUUGCUUGCUUUUUAAAUAACCUUACACAAUGGAAAUCGUUUCACGAUUUAAAGUAUUAUGUAAAUACAUUGUGUAUGAAUAUAGUAAAUGUUUAGUACCAUGUUUAUAAUAUAAGUUAGAGGUGUUAACGUUACUCUUUGUAAGGUGAUAACGUUUUUGUAAGGGUACAUUUAGUCUGCAGUGAGUGUUAUAAUAGUAAUUUUAGUCGUCUUUAAGCAUAGGUUUCCUUGUGCGGAAAAUCUUUACAUUUCAGACCUGCAAAGUUGUGGAGAUGAAUAAAAUGAAAUGGAAAAAAAAUGUUGUUUUGCCCAACUCUUAGUGCAUAGCUAGAAAUAUUUUUCAUAAUUUUAUCAAUUAAAAAAUAUCCAUGAAUCAAGAGAACAAAAUAUGUAGAUCAUUUAAAAAAUUAAUAUCAAAGCCAGCCACACCGUGGUUGACAUUAAUGGCUUACCCAAAAAAUAAAAUUGGCAUCAUUUGCUCACCCUCAAGUUGUUUCAAGUAUAUACAUUUCGUUGUUCUGCUAAACGCAAAGAAAGAUAUUUGGAAGAAUGUUUGUAGCCAAACAGUUCUGGGGCACUAUUUACUAUAGUAUGAGAAAAAUCUACUAUGGUAGUCAAUGGUGCUCCGGAACUGUUUAGUUUCCUGCCUUAUUUAAAAUAUCUUUUUUUGUGUUAUACAUAACAAAAAAAUGUAUGGAGGUUUUGGAACAAUUUGAAGAUUUGAAUGAUGUCUGACCAAGAUUUGGUGGAGAUAGUCCAGAUCGCAGUGGAUGAUUUGAAUCACGAGGGUCAUGGAGACGACCUGGACAACGAUGAAGCUGAUCAUCCAGGAAGGAAACGUCCAAGAAUGGACAGUGGUCAAGAGGCAUCUCUCAAAGCGAUGCUGUUGUCGGUCAGCCAGGCUAUCUGCCAGCGGCUUGACAGCAUGGAGACCAAGCUGCAGCUUCUAGAAGCAACUUGUCGAGGUUUGGGGGAGAAACUGGACACAUUGGGAAGGAACCAGGGGGCAAUACAGGUGCCCAUGGUCGCCGGCUCUCCAUUUGGAGCCACUCAAACUUGUGACAAAGUGCGCUGCGUUGUUCCCCAGACAAACGUCAUAGUGAGCGGAGAUAGGUCGAAGUCAAUGAAGGAGGAAAUUGUGUCACGCCCUGCAGACUCCUUGGAGAACUUACUAAGCAAUACUGUUGGGCGAGGAAGACAGAAGACCAUCGUGCUGAAGGUUCCGGUCCACGAAGAGAUUCAUGAUGAUCAGGAAAGCGGCUCUGAAACGAGUGACUCCGUGUCUAACAGCGGUCAGCAGUCAUCUCAAAGCACCAACAAUGUGACACUCAUCACGCUGAACUCAGAAGAGGACUUUCCAACCGGAACGUGGUUAGGUGAUGAGAACAACCCUGAGAUGCGCGUGCGCUCCCCGGUGUCCUCAUCCGACAUGUUGCACAUCAGCACCAACUGCCGCACGGCGGAGAAGAUGGCGCUGACGCUGCUGGACUACCUGUUCCACCGCGAGGUGCAAGCUGUCUCCAACCUCUCUGGACAGGGCAAGCAUGGCAAAAAACAGCUGGACCCUCUCAUGAUCUACGGCAUUCGAUGUCACCUGUUUCACAAGUUCAGCAUCACAGAGUCCGACUGGUACCGCAUCAAGCAGAGCAUCGACUCCAAGUGUCGCACCGCAUGGCGCCGAAAACAACGAGGACAGAGUCUGGCGGUUAAGAGUUUCUCCCGACGGACCCGUUCCUCGCAGAAUAGUUCAGAUGGAGUCUCGGCCGGAGAGACGUCGGCCAUCGAGACCUCUACCCAGCAGGCUUUGCAUUACGCUUUGACUGGGGCCACACAACAAGUCCAGAUCCACCGCAUAGGAGAAGACGGGCAGGUGCAAGUCAUUCCACAGGGACACCUCCACAUCGCUCAGGUGCCACAGGGUGAACAGGUGCAGAUUACUCAGGACAGCGAGGGCAACUUACAGAUCCACCAAGUGCACGUUGGUCAAGACGGACAGGUAAACGUUCUGAGAGGGCCGCAACUGAUAGCCGUGGCGUCGGCCGAUGGUAACGGCGUGGUUGACGCAUCUCCUCUCCAGGCUAAUGAUAUUCAGGUCCAAUACGUGCAGCUUGGGCCAGUGACUGACCACACUGGAGGAGUACAAGCAGAAGGUUUGACUCCAGCGCUGCAGGCGGAGAUUGACGUGAAGGAAGCCAUUCAGCUCCAGCAAGCCGAGAACGGAGAGGUGGUCCAAAUCCAGAUGCCCGUCAACACCGUGAACACAUGAGACGUUUGCAGGCAGACCUUCUCACGCACAAGCGAACGUGAAUAUUCAGCAGGACAGCGAAGUCUCGACCGAGGAGAGCCAACACCUGAAUUCUCCAUUUUUAAACGAAUACAAGCUAUCGGCUCAACCCAAGUACAGCAAAAAACUAUUUGGUUUAACGUGUCUGCUCUUUUGAAAACUACUGGCAGUCUCCUACUCAACAGUCAUCCAGUCCAGUAACGUAUAAGCAAUGUUGCAUUCAUUGCUGGCUCAUCGGAUCUAUCUGGAUCUUGUCACAAAGCAUAACGGAAAGACCUUUUCUUCUGAAGAACAGCAUGUCGAGCUGUUGAGCUUUAAGAUGUUUCCAUGAUCUUUUUAAAAUAGAGCAAUUGAACGUUUUAAAUAGACUUUCCUUUUGUCACUUCUUAUCUGCUUAACUGAUAUUACAAACCAGCAUCAUUGUAGGAAACGCUUCAAUUGAUAGCCUUAGAUUUUCAGUUCCGCUCUCUGUUUAUGAUGUUUUUUUUUAUUUGCUGUGUGAACGGGUGGAGUGCCAGGACAAUAUUUAAGGACCGCCCAUUCUUCCCUCAUCAAUAUGAGAUUUGUUUUCAUAAUGGUUAGCUCGAAUAAAUACCUUUAUCGUACAAAAAAAAACUACUGAAAGUUUUGUGAUGCUUUUGUAGGGCAGUAUACUAAAACACAGCAAAAUAUGACAACAAUAAACCGUGUUUAUGUAGUAUAUAAAAUAUGUACUUUUUCAUAUAUACUGUAUGAAUACAUAUAUAAAUAUAUUUGUGUAUGAAGAAUUUGUUUCAAGAUUAUUAAAUGAUCGUUGUUUUCA